AUGAAGUCAGCGGAAGCUGGUACCCAAAAAUCGUUCCUGCAAUAUGAAGUGGCCAAGAGUGGAAGUGUAACGCCUCAAAGUGACCACGAAACUGAUCUGAAGAUCGCGCACACCUAUGCUCCAACAAACACUUGUAUCGAGGAGAAAAUGGAAGAGUUCUAUCAAGAGUUGGAAUACGCAUUGGUUCCAAAGUCUAGAUAUACCUCGUCAUGGGAAAUUUCAAUGCCUAAGCCAGACGAGGAAGGACCGGUGACAUCCGUCGGUAGGAACGAUACUUGA